UAUUAAUCAUGUUAAAAAUUGUUAUUUAUCUGAAAACUUAAUUGUGCUCGGGGGGGUUGCUCAUUUCUGUCAAGCGAACCUUGGUAUCGGAAAGUUAUCUCGCUGUUUUCGGGAAAAAUUUGAUUAGACGCUUUAUUGUUCGUUGAGUCAUUUGCGGUCGUGUCUAAUAUAAGUGAAAUUACACCAUGUCGGAAGAACCUGAUACUCCGCCCUUUAGCACUGUGGAUAUUAACAAUGAUAACAGGGAUGACGAAGAUCUUUUCGCGUCUGCGGUCCAGGAAGUGAGCCUGGAUUCCGAGGUGAAUGGAGCUCGUGAAGGUCUUGAAAAGGUCACCAUUAGUGAUGCUCCAUCGAUCACCACCUCACUCAGCAGUCCGAUCAUGGAAGAGAUUGCCACAGAACGUGCCAACAAUAUAAUUAUAACAGUGACGGAGCCUCAAAAGAUUGGGGAGGGGAUGAGCUCAUACGUGGCCUACCGAGUCCUCACCAAGACCAACAUGCCUAUAUUCAGCAAGCACGACUUUGCUGUGCUCAGACGGUUCAGCGACUUUCUAGGACUCCAUGAGAAACUGAUAGAAAAAUACUUGAGAUCAGGCAGAAUUAUACCGCCUGCGCCGGAGAAGAGUAUAGUUGGUACAACAAAACUGAAGAUGACAUCAACGCCAUCUACCGAGAGCGCUAACGGCAGCUCGGCGGCGGGCAGCGUGCAGUCGCAGUUCGUGGAGCGACGCCGCGCCGCCCUCGAGAGGUUCCUCAACAGGGUCGCGCAGCACCCCGUCCUGUGCAUCGAUCCUGACUUCAGGGAGUUCUUGGAGUCAGACACAGAAUUGCCAAAGGCGACGAGCACAUCUGCGCUGAGCGGCGCCGGAGUGCUUCGUCUGUUCAACAAAGUCGGCGAGACUGUGAACAAGAUCACAUACAGGAUGGACGAAUCGGAUCCGUGGUUCGAGGAGCGUUCGUCCCGCGUGGAGGCCCUGGAGGCGUGCCUGCGGCGGCUGCUGGGCGCGUGCGAGGCGCUGGCGGGCGAGCGGCGCGAGCUGGCGGCGCGCACGCACGACGCGGCCCGCGCCUGCGCCGCGCUCUCCGGCAGCGACCCGCACGCGCCGCUCUCGCGCGCGCUCUCGCACACCGCCGACCUGCACGAGAAGAUUGAACACUUGAGAUUAGAGCAGUCGAACACGGAUUUCUACGUGCUCGCUGAGCACGUUAAAGACUACCUCGGCCUCAUCGGCGCUAUCAAGGAUGUGUUCCAUGAGAGAGUUAAGGUGUUCCAAAACUGGCAACACGCUCAGAUGCAGCUGACCAAGCGGAGAGAGAACAAAGCGAAGGCAGAGCUCGCCAACCGCCCGGAGAAGAUCGAACAAGCAGCUAAUGAGAUUAUUGAGUGGGAAUCGAAGGUGGAGCGUGGUCAGCAGGAGUUCGACACGAUAUCGCGCGUCAUCAAGAAGGAGCUGGAGCGGUGGGACGAGCUGCGCCUGAGCGAGCUGCGCGCCGCGCUGCUGCGGUAUCUGGACGACCACAUGAAGCAUCAGGCGCAGGCUAUCCGCUACUGGGACGCCUUCCUGCCCGAAGCCCGAGCGAUCAAAUGAGUGGGGCAGUGACGGCGACCCUGCGCGCCCUCCACGUAACGCGCUCGCCACAAACAAACGUUAGUAAAUGAAUUCAACUACCUUCCGCACUGUGCAUAUGUUAUUAUCACUACGACACAGAGCAGUAAGCAAAUGGAGCGACGAUAGGCCAGGGCAAUGUGUUGGCGACUUUUAAGCGAUAUUUGAAAACAGACUUUAAGUCUAUUGAAAUAACGUGCAUAAUUGUUAAUAAAAAGAAAUGACAUAGAGAGCAUUAAACCUCUGAGCUGUCAUUGUUCAUGGAAUUUGUAGUGAUACUUGAAAACAGACUUUAGAUCUAUUCAAAUAAUGUUUAUAGUUGUUUGAAGGAAAGAAAUGAUAUAGAAAACGCUAAAGUCUUUGAAUUGUCAUUUUUGUCAAACGAUUGUGAACUUUAGGUCAAUAGAUUUAAAAUUGGUUUUUGACUGUCGUCACACAAUCCAUCGCUAGUGAUUAAAUCAAGCAUGUCUUUCCACCAAUCAUAUACACAUUACAAAUCACCCUAUAAACUGUUCUUUAUGAUAAACCAAUCAAAUGCUAUUAUUAACAAGUUGUCUUGUAAUAGUGACUUCCCAUUGGUUACUGCUCUGUGUCAGCAACAUACAUCGUAUGUUUUAAUAGAUUACUUCCAGAUUAAAUAUAUGUAGGUAAGUCAAGGAUAGCUGAUUUUAAUAGUAAAAUUAAUACUAGAACAUCAAUGGGAAUUAUAACGUAAAUUACGUUUUUCUGUAUAUUUGAUUUCCUUGUUUCAUACAUUUAUGUAUUUCGUUAUAUUAUAGACGGAGAUUUAUCAGUUUAAUGUAAUAUAAUAAUAAUAUAUGUAAACAUAACAGAGUGUUUACCUAGAGCUUCAUGUAUUUAUAUAUUUUUCUUUAAAUUUCGUUUUUUCAAUCAGCAGUUAUCAAAUUUAAUACGAUAAACAUUUGUAAGUAAAUAUAAUUGAUUUAUUAUCAAUGUGUUAUUUUGACAAGAAUCGAUUAUAUAAAUACGAUAUAAAAAUUAUCUAAAUCUAGAGUAAUUCAUAAAUACGUCUGGUAGGUAGAUAAGUAAUAUCUGAAUAAGUAAGCUGAAUUUUUAAUGCCAAAUAAAUAUACAUUCCAAAUUAUAUUUCUCCAAGUGAUAUUUUUAUCGUUUUCGAAGCUUAGAAUAUGACGUCAAAAAAAUAUAGAAAAAAAAUACAGUUACAAAGGCUCAAGUUGUAUUUUUGAAAGCGAUAAAAAACAUCACCCUGUAUAGUAUAAAGGCAGCAUUUACGAUUCAUUUACUAACGUUAAUUUAAAUUGUCUAUACACGUGAACAUAUGUUAAUUGUUAAAUAAAUAAAGAUCCAAUUGUUAAUAAGAAUCAUGUGUUCAUGUUAUCUCAACCAUUUAUUGUUAUGUAAACAAAUAUAAGGCUUAUUACAUUUUUUUAAGGUUCAAUUUAGAUUGCACGUCACGCGAUGUUUUUCGAAAGGUCCAAUGUAUUCGUUCAUUCAAUAUCAGCAUUUUUAUUAAUGUAUAAAGUAAGAAAAUGUAUACAUAUAAUGUUUAAUGGAAAAUUGAAGCCUGGACUGUAAUUAUUAUUAAAUGACUAAUUGUCUUAUGUUCCUGUAGUUAAGUUAUCUAACUGGACUAACUUACAAAUUCUUAUGAUUUUGAAUCAAAUAAUAUUUUUUUUAUUUCCGGGAUAAUUCUCUACCUAAACCUGUAUAAGGAAAGUGACUGCCGUGGAAAAUUCUCAUAGAGUCACCAUUAAUGGUAAGGCUGCCGUUCGUCAAGUUUCAUAUACAUUUUAAUAUUAGUUGCUAACUACCGCGAUUCACGGCAAAAUGUAUUCUUAAAAAACUUAAUAUAUUUAAAAGGAAAACUUAAAAAAAAUGCUCAAGCGAUCACGUGGUUUCAAGGCACGAUAAACAAUUCAUGUAUGGAAUAAUAUGUUUGUUAAUGCACUAUAUAUGUGGGAAACCUAAAUAUAACCAAUUUAUAUGUCAGACAGGCAAUCUCUGAAAAACUUGUAUUCUAUUCAAUGGUAACCGGUUAAAGUAAAAUCCAACCUCAACGUAGUUUGGAAACACCGAAACCUUUGCUGGACAAAGCUCUUACAAUUUCCGUAAUACCCACUGUACCUUUUAAUCCACCAGUUUUUAUUUAUCCCACUGUUGGACAAAACCCUAAUACAGUACACAUUUUAAAACUCGAGCUAUUGUAGAAAUCUUCGUAUUAUUACAAUACUAUGUUAACAUUCAAUGAAUGUUCGAAUUCAACUUGCAUUCGUUCGCAUCGCACACGCAUCAGACUGGCUUCAAUUUAGUUUUAAUAUACAAGGUGAUUGUUUAAACGAGAUAUGCAUUAAAUUAUUUAGAAUUUGUUUCUAUUUUUUUUACUUUAGCAAUACUGACAACAUAAGUAGCUAUAUAGCAACACUACAGACUUGUCACUGUUAAAAUAUAAUGUUUUUUUUUUCUAAAAAUUACAGUUUAUUAAUAUCACAGAUUUUUUGCUCUUGCAAGGGAUAAAGAAGUCUUUCUGUGAAACCGUAUAUCAAUACUGGUUUAUAGCAAAAUAAACAUAUGUAAAAAAAUAUAUAUUAUGUAGCAUUACUGUCAUGACUCAACGGAUGAUUGAAUUUGAUUGAUUAUGUUCAUAUUUGAUUCGAAGAACGAAGAAGACUCGAAAGGUCUCGAACCAUGUACUUACUCGAAUAAUAACUAAUCAAUCAAAGCUGGAUUGUGGAUUGGUGUGCGGCCUUUAAAGACUAAAGUUAUGUCGAUAACUACAAAUUAAUCAAUUGUUCAUCAUUUUUACAGCUAUAACUGUCAUAGCAACUCCUGAGUUAUUUGCCUAUUCAUCACGACUGCAAAAAUGAUUGUCAACCACUCACAGCGCCUUUGAGAGAUGACUAGUUCAUUCUUUUGUUAAUUAGCUGUUUAAAAACUGAAGUCUCUCUUCUUCAAGAUAAGUCUUGCGUUAAGACCUGGCGGUGGACCUCUAAGGGAUAAUGAUCUAAUGAUCUCGUUCAAACAAUCAUCUAAAUUAGAUGAAAAUGUGAUGUAUACCUGUUUGCUAAAUGACGUAUGUUUUAUAUCAAAAUUAUUUAUAAGGAAACGUUUAGUUCUCGAUUAAAUUAUGUAUUCUAGUGUUGCUAUUAUUUUCGCAGCGUUUGCAAUGAAACUGCACAAUAAACUUUAGUUGCUAACCUAUGACGUCACGGUUUCCUUAUGAAGUAAAUACUGGAAAACAGCGGAAGCGAUUACAAAUUUGAUUCCUGUUAUUAUCGCUUCAUCAUUGUCUAAAUAAGAUAGUAAACAUUUAUUUAUCAAACAGAUUAGACGAUGUAUUCACUUACUGUAUUAAUUUUGAUUUCUAAUAAGAUUAUCUUGUAAUCUAUUAUUGCUCAUAACAGCUAUAGGGAAAACUACAAUAUAUUUUGUAGCUUUCUUUAAUUCUCUUAUUGUUAGUUUCAUUACAAGCGCGUGCGCUCUCAAAUGCUUUUUAUUUUAUAGCAACUUUCGUAAGGAUGAUUCAUAAUUAAAAGAUGCAACGACUUACUCACGUCGAGUCGGCUAAUUAAAGACUCUAGUUGGGUCCGUAACUAGUCGGACAAUUCAGAUAAAUACGUGUGAGUAAACCGUUGCAUCUCUCAACUAUGCGCUUUACUUUCGUUUCGCGUAAAAUUAUUCUUAAGGAUUUGUUAACAUCAUUGUAUAUUUUUAUAUAGUCAUUUGUUUUUUUUUUAUCUUAAAUGUAAGAAUACUAGAUAUUGCAUAUUAGAAUUGUAUUCCAAAAGAAUGGUUAUGCGUAUGUUACGGUCAAAGUAUUAAAUUGGAGAUUUUAUAUAAGUUGAUGUGGUUAGAUAUUUUUUUCCAGAAUGUUUUGUUGUAUGGUGUCGUUGUGUUGGUAUAACUUUUUGUAACUUCGUUGUUGUUUAUGAUCGUGAUGUUAAUUUCCAACUGUCCAAAUUCAUUACUCUGACAGUAACACUUAGAUAUGAAUAUUAGGUAGUAUGAUUGAAAAAAAAAAUCGAGUCUAAUGUAUUCCUUAUUUUUUAUAUUGCCAAAUAUAUUUUAGUGGUAAUUUGGUGUAAUGGAAGAGAUGAAUAAUUAUGAAUAAAGUAUAUAAUGUUGGUUUCCAUUUCAA